AUAUAAACAUCCGCACCACUUUCAGUUGAGAAUUCAGAAAGGUGAAGCCGCAAACAUGCAGAUUUUCGUCAAAACCUUAACCGGGAAAACCAUCACCCUCGAGGUUGAGAGCAGCGACACAAUCGACAAUGUCAAAGCUAAGAUUCAAGACAAGGAAGGAAUUCCCCCGGAUCAGCAGCGAUUGAUUUUCGCCGGAAAGCAACUUGAAGAUGGACGCACUUUGGCUGAUUACAAUAUCCAGAAGGAAUCAACUCUUCAUCUUGUUCUCAGGCUUCGUGGUGGAAUCAUUGAACCUUCUUUGAUGGCUUUGGCUCGCAAAUACAAUCAAGACAAAACCAUUUGCCGCAAAUGCUAUGCUCGUCUUCAUCCUAGGGCUGUGAACUGCCGCAAGAAGAAAUGUGGACACAGCAAUCAAUUGAGGCCAAAGAAGAAGAUCAAGUAAACUGUGGUUGAUAUUGUUUCUCUUUUGUUGUUAGUUUUGAGAUACUUUGUUUUUUGGUUUUUGCAUCUCUAUUGACUAAAUCCUUUGUUUUAAUUUAUGUUGAAUGUAGUCGGAAUUUAUUUUGGUACAAGUGGAUUAUAUUCUUGUGAUUGCAUUA